UGGCGCUAAUUCCUCUUCCUCUCUGCAAUACAACAAUACCUUCACUUCUUUCGGAUCUCUCCUUAGACUCUUUCUUUCUCUUCCAUAACCCAAAAUAACUCUUUUUCUUUUACAUUUUCAAGAUCAACAACAAUGGAAGAUGACAGGAUCGAGGAAGAAGAAGAUAAAGAACCGUUGUCCACUUUGAAUAAUAAUGCCCCACCCACUUCCCGUAAGGUCUAUUACAGCCAGCAGCUCCGGACAAGCUCAGGCGGUGCCACCACCCACAAACGCCACCACCAAAUGAGAAAACAUAGCCUCGAUAACAUCUCACCUCCUAUACCAAUAGCCACCAGUUCUUCCGAUCACAACUUUGACUCUUCCGAGGAUGAUAAUUUCGUCCCGUAUUCAUCCACCUCCAUUAACUCCUCCUCUUCCGCCGGGGAUAACGAGCAGUUCCGCUCCAUGAGCCUCAACAUGGAGGUCCCGCCGGAUCGCGACGAGGUUAAGCAACUCCAACCAUUGCCUGAAUUCAUUGCUAGCGGAGGUACGGGGAUCUUCAAAGCCCCGAUACGCGCGGCCGUCCACCCCGGACGGCCGCCCUGCCUCGAGCUCAGACCGCACCCGCUGAGAGAGACUCAAGUGGGUAAAUUCCUGAGAAACAUUGCAUGCACGGAGACGCAGUUAUGGGCGGGUCAAGAAUGCGGAAUCAGGUUUUGGAAAUUUGAUGAUGCAUAUGAGGCAGGGUGUGGAUUAGGAGGUAGAGUGAGGAGAGGAGAUGAGGAUGCAGCUCCGUUUUACGAGUCGGUGAAUACUUCUCCGACAAUGUGUUUGAUCAUUGACAGUGCUAACAGAUUGGUCUGGAGUGGACAUAAAGAUGGCAAGAUUAGGUCAUGGAAAAUGGAUCAUUCUUUUGAUGACAUUGAUACUCCUCUUAAGGAAGGUUUGUCUUGGCAGGCUCAUAAAGGUCCUGUUCUUUCUAUUGUCAUGAGUGCUUAUGGUGAUCUAUGGUCGGGUGGUGAGGGAGGGACUAUAAAGAUAUGGCCAUGGGAAACAAUUGAGAAAUCAUUGUCUCUAUCACCGGAGGAAAAACACAUGGCUGCACUCUUGGUAGAGAGGUCACACAUUGACCUGAGGAGUCAAGUGACCGUAAAUGGUGCCUCCAGUAUCUCUUCUUCUGAUGUCAAGUGCUUGUUGUCUGAUAAUGUUAGAGCUAAAGUCUGGUGUGCUCAGCCUCUCUCCUUCUCUCUAUGGGAUGCCCGUACAAAGGAGCUUCUGAGAGUGUUCAACAUCGACGGCCAAACCGAAAACCGAGUCGAUCUAUCAUCGUCGUCAUCAUCAUCAACACAAUCACAGCAAGAUCAACCAAUCGAAGACGAAAUGAAGGUAAAAUUCGUAUCAGCAUCAAAAAAGGACAAAUCUCAAGGCUUUCUUCAACGAUCACGUAAUGCCUUAAUGGGAGCAGCAGACGCCGUACGUCGCGUCGCCACCAGAGGGGCGGGAGCUUUCGUAGAAGACACGAAAAGAACCGAAGCAUUAGUCCUAACCGUGGACGGAAUGAUCUGGAGCGGCUGUUCAAACGGAUUACUAGUACAAUGGGAUGGAAAUGGAAACCGAAUCCAAGAUUUCACUCACCACUCCUCCACAGUUCAAUGUUUUUGCACAUUCGGGACGAGGAUUUACGUUGGAUACGUGAGUGGGAUCGUUCAAGUUCUUGAUCUUGAAGGAAACUUGGUUGCAGUUUGGGUAUCUCACAGUAAUCCUGUCCUGAAACUGGCCGUUGGGAACGGUUAUAUUUUCAGCUUGGCGACUCACGGAGGUAUACGGGGGUGGAACUUGACGUCGCCAGGGCCGCUGGAUAACAUAAUCCGAUCAGAGUUGGCGGAGAAAGAAGUUGCAUACACGAGACGAGAUUGUUUCAGGAUUUUAGUUGGGACUUGGAAUGUUGGUCAAGGACGAGCGUCUCAGGAUGCACUUACUGCAUGGUUAGGUUCGACUGCUUCGGAUGUGGGGAUUAUUGUUGUUGGGUUGCAAGAAGUUGAGAUGGGAGCUGGUUUUCUUGCUAUGUCUGCUGCUAAAGAAACUGUAGGACUUGAAGGAAGCUCAGUUGGGCAGUGGUGGUUGGAUAAUAUAGGCAAGGCAUUAGACGAGGGAACAACUUUCGAGCGUAUGGGUUCUAGACAACUCGCAGGAUUGCUUAUUUCUCUUUGGGUGAGGAAGAAUCUUAGAGCACAUGUUGGGGAUGUUGAUGCUGGAGCAGUUCCAUGUGGAUUUGGACGUGCAAUUGGCAAUAAGGGAGGUGUAGGUUUGAGGAUUAGAGUUCUUGACAGGAUAAUUUGCUUUGUGAACUGUCACUUGGCAGCACAUCUGGAAGCAGUAAAUCGUCGAAAUGCUGAUUUCGAUCACAUUUUCAAAUCGAUGGUGUUCAGUCGAUCAUCACACAUUACAGCAGCUGGUAUGGUGCGACUCUUAUUUUUAUGUUGCUCUCUUGCCCUCUCCACCUAUUUAUUUUGGCUGCUUUAUACUUCUGCCUUCCCAUUCGUCUUCUCUAUUGCAGCCGGAGUCUCCACAGCCAAUCAGAUGCUCAAGGGCACAAACGCUGUGAGCGCCAACUCGGAGGACUCAAAGCCUGAAUUAUCAGAGGCGGAUAUGGUUGUGUUUUUAGGUGAUUUCAACUACCGGCUUUUCGGUAUAUCAUACGAUGAAGCAAGGGACUUCGUUUCGCAAAGAAGCUUUGAUUGGCUUAGAGAAAAGGAUCAGCUGAGAGCAGAAAUGAAGACAGGAAAAGUUUUCCAAGGAAUGCGUGAGGCUCUCAUCAGAUUCCCUCCUACUUACAAAUUUGAAAGAAACCAACCAGGAUUAGGAGGAUACGAUUCCGGAGAGAAAAAGCGUAUACCAGCUUGGUGUGAUCGAAUUAUAUAUCGAGAUAACCGGGCGUCUUCAGUUUCUGAUUGCAGCUUAGAGUGUCCAAUAGUCACAUCAAUUUUACAGUAUGAGGCUUGCAUGGACGUUACGGAGAGCGAUCACAAACCGGUUCGGUGCAAGUUCAAUAUGCAGAUUGCACAUGUUGACAGAUCAGUGAGAAGACAAGAGUUUGGAGAAAUUAUAAGGUCUAAUGAGAAAGUGAGGUCUUUGCUUGAAGAAGCACAUUAUAUUCCAGAAACCAGUGUAAGCACCAACAACAUUGUUCUUCAGAACCAGGACACCUCCAUUCUGCGCAUUAGCAACAAGUGCCUCAAGGAGGAAGCUAUAUUUAAAGUUAUUUGUGAAGGUCAAUACGCCAUCAAGGAUGACGGAGACGAGGAUGAGUACCGUCCUAGAGGCUCCUACGGCUUUCCUCGAUGGCUCGAGGUCACACCCGCUGCUGGCGUAAUCAAACCAGAUCAAUUUGCAGAAGUUUCAGUACAUCAUGAAGAAUUCCAUACCUUAGAAGAAUUUGUCGAUGGCAUUCCGCAGAACUGGUGGUGUGAAGACACACGAGAUAAGGAAGUGAUUUUAGUUGUGAUUAUCCAAGGUAGUAGCUCAACACAUAUCAAAAGUCACAAAAUCCAUGUCCGCCACUGUUUCUCAGCUAAGGCUGUGCGCAUUGACACAAAACUGAACAAUUCCAAGAAAAACCAAUCUGGUAAUCACAACCACCGCUCUGAACUCAGGCAGCAAUUGAGCAACUCAUCUGAUACUGCUGAUGAACAUCGAAAUUCACGUAAAUUUUGAAUCUCAACCAUAAGGCUGAUAGUAAAAAAAAAGGAAGCAGAUACAGAUGCAUCAUCAUUACAGACAGAACUCGGAAACUCUACGGGUGCUACAGUAUUGAUGUAAAUACUCAUGAUGCAUGAUGAUCUCUGUUCAUUUGCUCUACAACAGGUUCAAUAUGUUUAUCAUCAGCCACCUAUUCUUAUACUUGAAUUCUUUUCCUUUUUACCUUUUCCAGUCAAGAUUUGUAGUUGAAGUUAUUUGUAUGAUUCUUGAUUUAGUUGGUUUUUUAAAAAAUUGCAGCAAAUAUGCUCCAACGUAUAGCUUUCUACAGAAUUAAAUUAGAACUAUUUCUCUUGUAAA